UAUUUAGUUUGUUAAGAGUGGACAUUCUUCUCGUGCAUUAGGUGCCUUAUACUGUAGCAGCGAUAUAAACAAUUUAUAAUUCCUCGAAACUAAAGUUCACCUUUUAUUACAACUCUGUUUUGUAAUCACACACAAAAUCAAGCCAGAAGAAUUAGAACAUGUGGUAAUGAGGGGGAAAAAGUUCAGUUUAUCCUUUGUGCCGACAAAGUCACUUAAAAAUUUGAGAAAUGUGAGGAAAAUUAAUAGUCUGUGAAUUCACUUCUGAAUCCUGGAAAUGGAUUUUAAUCGUGUACAUUAUUUAAUUGACAUGUUUGAGGGCCGCAAGCUUUCUGAUAACAAAUUUAAAUCAAGAGGAAAGACUUUCUGUUUUAUAAAAAGAUGUUAACAAGAUUUGACAUCCCCAAGGACAAAAGAGAAAACCCUUCAAUGUCCUCAGUCUCUGCAGCAACAACAAAACCUUUAAGCUCAGGAGAAAAAGAGAAACAUCACAGACAUUAUUCCAGUUGACUGCUUUGGCUAUACUGGAGACCCUCUAUGCAUUAUCAUGAUUCCAGUGCCCAGACGCAUGAUCCGCAGCUGAGGAUGGCAGAUAGGGUCCGGGUGUUCUGAAGCCGAUGGGACAAACCAACCCUGGAGCUGUAAUAACAACACAGGACGUCGCCGGCAAGAGCGUCUUCAAAAACAGGAGAUGAAGGUUAACGCGGCUCAAUGCAGUGAGAGGCGAGACAUCCGCUCUACUGUCCUUGAACCCCGGGGAUAAGACAAGACAGUAACAUUGUGGAUGGGAGAGGACAAAGCACACAAUAGGGCUCCCAUGGGAAGAGGCUGGUUUGCUGGUCAACAGAGGCCCACAGCAGCAGCAGUGGUUUCCCUUAGCUGUGGUUCUGAUUGGAGGAUUAACAGACAUGGAAACAGGGAUAAUUGAGGGAAACUUCAUUACACCCCUAAGCCAGUUCAACUGGCCAGCAGGAAAUGUAAGGUUGCACCACUUAAUACAAGUACCAUCGGAAAUGAAAGAGAGCAGAUCUGGACGGCGAAUGCAAAGAGAACGCAAUAAAGAUAACUAUCCUCGCUAUCAGCACAUGGAUCAGAUGAGCUGAAUAGCUGCCAGUACCCACAGCCGGCCGGCAAUCAUGUGCUUUCGCAAUGGAAACUGUAUCAUGGUUAUGGGUCACUUAGAAACUGAGGCGGGGGAGCUGAAUAUGCUGAAGUGUGCGAAGGCGUAGAGCAGAGGGCACGCUCCAGCCAGGGAUCAUGAGAGAGACUAGGAUGCAGAUUAGAUGGUAAUGUAAAAUGUGAAUUUUGUCCCGCACACAGAAAUGUGCUUUAUUUUGAUUAUAUAUCCAAACUCUCACUGAUGUAUCAUCUUCAAUCUGAGUUUUGAGAUGUGCAUAUGAGUUUGAGCCAUUCGUCGUCCACCACAAUAAACACAGGUGCCAUGUGGAAAUCGGAAAUCUCUGUCAAAUCCACACUGACUUUUGAGUGAACUGAUAUUUCCAGGCAUCCCCAAGGACGUUGGAAGUAGAAGGGCUGCAAGGGCUCAUUGGUGAGAGGCUGUAACUACAAGGAAAAAACGUUAUACAAUACAAUUUUCUUAGAUAACAUUUUUAAGAGUGUUUGGUCAAACGCCCACCCGUUAUUCGUUUUUUCAUUCAGUGUAUUUUCUGUGUUGCUCAACUUCAGCUGAAGAGUAAUCCUGCAUUUCAAGUGUGAACUGUCGAUCGCUUAAUGUGGAACAAUCGUGUUUUAACAUUCAAAGACUGGUGUAGAAUCAUGGCCAUUCAUAUUAAUACAAAGAUUCCCACAUAUUGCAUUGCUUUACUGCAUUUAAAAUGACAUCAUUACAUAAAGCUUCCCUCAGCACCCCCCAACUGUGACUUCCAGUCCACGUGGAUUCUGUAUGUUUUUGAUGUGGAGUCACUUCUAACGAUAUCAGGCCAUGCAGAUAGUUCAGGUUUUAUGUGUUCAGGAUUUGAGGUAUAAUAUUUGACUUUUUAGCUUUUUGCUCCAAGGCCAAUAUGUUCACAGUGAAUUGAAUUUUGUUUGUGGGCGCUCGAAGCACCGACAAUAUGACAAUGGUUCACAGAGAACCCUUUGAAGGGCAGCUUAUAUAUGGACUCUUUCUUCAUUUGGAGGCUGCUCCAAUUAAAACUGUUAGCUGAGGUCUGAGGAUUACCCACAAUAACUGAGGCAUGGUGUUUUAGAAAGACAUGUUACUGAAGAGAAUUUGAAAUGCUGUGCUCAUGGCUGUUAACACCUCCGACUAUGGGUGAACAGAUGAUGAAAUUCCAGAGAUAAAUCUGAAUCAGAAAGACUUUACAGCAUACAACAAUAGAAAUACACACAUACUUAAACUGACAAUAAAUGGAAUGGUAAAAUAUAAAUAAGAGGUAUUUAAAAGAAAUAAGACGUGAUUGCAAAUAUGUGCAUUUGUGCAUUAUACUUGAAUACAUGUAUAUCCAUCAUACUAUAAUACAGUAUGUAACAACAGCUAAGUGGUUGUUGUAGAUACAUUAGAAUAAAUGAUGGUCUCCAGGGCCAGUCUAUUGACUCGCACUAUCUAUCCUAAUUAACACAGAGGUCAAGGCAUCACCAACAUUGCAUGGCUACAAGUAAAUAAGGGAAGAAAUCCUGUAAACAAUCAUUUGUUUUAAUUUGUGUGUUGGUUGUAAUGACUUAGUUCAAUUCAAUUUUAUGCUAAAAGGGAACCUGGUUACUGAUUCAAGUAAAAGGUUUGUCAAUGGCAGAACAACAUGUUGCCGAGCACCUUAUGUAACACCAAAAAAAAUGUAACACCUCAUUUAAACGUUAUUGAUAAUUGCAACUAAUUCAUUGCAGCUCGAGAUCUGUUCUGUUUGAAUUCUAACUCUAAAUAGGAAACACUGAGCUUGAAUAAAUCAGACCCGUUGGUUCCAAAAGCCACUUAAGAUAAACAGUUUAAACAAAUCUUCACUUGCUUUUCAAGGGUGAUGGCAAACAGCAUAUUCCUCUGAUUGGAUUGAUAAAUGCAAGUAAAUGCACUUCACUGUUCAGGAACCACAUUAGAAAUGGGUUCUAUCCUUAAUAGAGAUCAUGAAGCAGGGACACUAAAAUGACCCAACACUGUAAAAUAUGACUAAUGCUUCUCAUUUUAAAUAUUUAUGAGUUGCUCCUAUUAACUGUGGUUAUCUCGGAAUUAUGCAAUUGUGUCUUGAGUGAAUCUUCAAUGGGAUGUUCAGGCUGCAAAACCAAUAGGGAGGGCUUGAAUGCGCACUGCAAAAAUAAUAUUACCCAAGGUUCCACUCUGAAUCCAGACUGUGCAUCUUCAAACAAAUCUGUGCAUACUGGGAACUUGGGCGGAAAAAGUUAUCAAUGUAUUUAAAUGUUCACUAUGUUUGUCAUAUUUGUUGGUUUAAGGAGAAAUCUAUAUCAGGAUUCAUCACCCCAAGUAACUUUACGAGGUGCGACAUUUUUUUGCAGUGCGUCCUCUUCACGCACGAGGUGGCUGAAAUUUGAUUCGAGUUUAAAAGGCGCAGACAGCCGCCGCAAGUCAGACAGCAGAGUUUCCUCCCAGUGAGAGGCAGGUGGCACCUUAUAGGGAUUGGAGAGGCACCACACAGCCCCUCUGGCUCUGUAUCUGCUCGGGCGCACAGAGGGGCAGUGCGAUGCACACUCCUGCUUAGGCGCUGCUCCUGAGCGGAGGGAACCAGUCUUUGGAUUUCACUCCCGCCGAUGACCAAACGAUGGAGAAGCCUGAAAACGUCACCCUCCACCCGAACGGGUCCGAUCCGUUUGGGAGGAACGAGGAGGUGGCCCAGAUCGAGAUCAUGGUGCUGAGCAUCACCUUCGUGGUCGCCGUGAUUGGAAACGUGAGCGUCCUGCUGGCGAUGCACAACACCAAGAAGAAGAUGUCGCGCAUGCACCUCUUCAUCAAACACCUGAGCCUGGCUGACCUGGUGGUGGCCUUCUUCCAGGUGCUGCCGCAGCUCUGCUGGGAGAUCACGUACCGCUUCUUUGGUCCGGACUUUCUCUGCAGGAUCGUGAAGCACCUCCAGGUGACGGGGAUGUUCGCCUCCACCUACAUGAUGGUGAUGAUGACCCUUGACCGCUACAUCGCCAUCUGCCACCCGCUGAAAACCCUCCAGCAGCCCACGAAGCGCUCCUACAUCAUGAUUGUCUCCACGUGGAUGUGCAGCCUGGUGUUCAGCACGCCGCAGUACUUCAUCUUCUCCCUGAGCGAGGUCAAGAACGGCUCGACAGUGAAGGACUGCUGGGCGCACUUCAUCGAGCCCUGGGGCGCCAGGGCGUACAUCACCUGGAUCACCGGCGGGAUCUUCCUGGUGCCCGUGGUCAUUCUUGUGACGUGCUACGGCUUCAUCUGCCACACCAUAUGGAAAAAUAUCAAAUAUAAGAAAAGGAAAACGAUACCAGGUGCUGCGAGCAAGAACGGGCUGAUUGGGAAGAAUUCCGUCAGCAGCGUUACGACCAUAUCGAGAGCCAAGCUGCGGACUGUUAAGAUGACUUUUGUGAUAGUUUUGGCUUACAUCAUUUGUUGGGCGCCGUUUUUCACCGUGCAGAUGUGGUCUGUGUGGGAUGAGAACUUCCAGUAUGCUGAUUCUGAGAACACAGCGGUGACUAUUUCUGCGCUCCUUGCCAGUCUCAACAGCUGCUGCAACCCGUGGAUAUACAUGAUCUUCAGCGGCCACCUCCUGCAGGAUUUCAUGAACUGCUUCGCCUGGUGCCGCAGAGCAAACGCAGACUUCAAGAAGGAGGACUCGGACAGCAGCAUCCGCAGGACGACUCUUCUGACUAAGAUGACCAACCGCAGCCCCACGGGCAGCACUGGCAACUGGAGAGAGCUGGACAACUCUCCCAAGACCUCCAUUCAGAUGGAGUAACGGCUGGGAAGAUAAAUGUUUACCGGGGGUGGGAAUGAACACAUGUGUUGCAGCGGCACAGAGGUACACUGACAGUAUCAGCCUGUCUUCGCUGCAGGCAUGACAGAGAGUGAUGUAAAUGUCCCUCACACCCCAGAGCCGUCAUUCAGAGAGGAGACAUAGAUUAAAAAGACAUUUGGAAAUGUCAACUGUUGCUUCUUCAUGAGUUCUUGUUGCUUUACAUAAUCUCUGUAACAAUCUAAGACCAAUAUUGGAAAAAUGUGUAAUUCAUCACGGUUUUAUAUCUUCCCAAUUGGUUGUAAAUGCCAUCUGUGCUAACAGUUGUGUUUUGCAUAAUAUUCAAAAACCACAAAGCCUCAGCACGAUUUCCUCACUUUGUGCUUUUGCGAGAAAGCAGUUUUCCAGGAAUACGGGUGUUUUCACGGUGGUUAUCCCUCCCUGCACCGCCGAGGACCCUUUCCUGUCAAGGUGUUUGCAGAGAUAAAACUUACACAGCAGCCAAGUGGUGUGUGGUGGUAACGAUAAUUCCAGACCACAGGUCUCCAAGUAACUGAGGCUCAACCUUUGUGGUUAGCUUUGCAUUUUGUUAUUAUUUUUGCUCUGAGCCAGAUUUUAGAGGGUUAUAUACAAAAAACACAUUUACACCAACUUGUCCUUUGGCCCUUUAAAGAAAAGACAUUUUAAUGGUUGAGGGAUUUGGGCUGCAUUUACCCACUGAGCCUUUUACAUGCAUCCACGUAUUUGUAAUGGAUUUGUUUCAUGUCAAAGCAAGCAGCCCUAAAGGAUGGCUUUCAUUUCUAUUCAGCAUGGGCAGAUGGAACAUAGAGGGACAUUCACUUCACACUCACACACACACACACACACACACACUUGGGUGCGAAGGGGGUGGCGGUGGCUUUGAUUGGCCACAGUCUGCCUACCGACCCACAGGCCCCUCCCACUGUUUACACAAAAUGUUGGGGAGAAGCUCAAACAUUCCACUAACACAACGUCAACACACUUCCUGAUAUUUUUGGGACAUCCUGCACCACUGAGGGUUGUGUUGUGUUGGGGGUGGGGGUGGGUUGCGUUGGGGGGAUGUCUGCGUUCUCGGUCCGUUUUUCACGGAAGGCCCAAACAAUUCCCUGCACACAUCUGUUACGUACAGCACCACUUUGUCGCUAUGUCAGAUCAACCUGAGAACACCAGGAGGAGACUGACAUUGCAAUGUAGCCAUUUUGAUUCCUUUAUUUGUACAUAAAAGUCACUUGAAUAUCUGUAAAUAAGGCAGGAGGCUAAUAUAUGUAAAUCUUGUUCCAUGUGGAUUCUAUUUGUCUGUAACAUCUUGUGCACAGGAUAAUCAAAAUAUUCAAUAAAUAUAUGUUGAAAUAUACACAUUGAUGUACUGGA